GGGCAGAAGGUUCAGGAAGGCUCUGCCGCCUGCCGCCAUGACACGCCACGACUGGGGACACGUUGCCGCGCCGGCCCCGGCACGUGUUACGCUCCCCCACGGGCGGCGGGCCUCCCCCGCUCUGCCCAUAAACACCGAGGCCGCUCGCCGCUUCUCCAGAACGAAGGAGGGAUCGAGAUGAGCAGGCUGGACGCGCGGACGCUCAAGGAGGAGGUGGCCAGCAUGGACCGGCGCCCGCUCCUGGACCUCGGCCACCCGCUCCUCAACCGCGUCACCGACAGCUUCAUCCGCGCCGCCGGGGUCGGCGCCGCCAGGGCCGUCUCCAAGGAGGCCUACUUCGUCACCGUCGAAGGGCUCGGGGGAGACAACACCGGGCUGGACAACGUCAAGAGGAACACCCAUUUCUCCAGCGCCAGAGGGGAUGAUGGCCAGAAGUCGCUCGAUGCGGUGGUGAAAUCGGCCGGCAAGGAGGCCAUUCAGUGGGGACUGGCGGCCGGAGUGUACUCUGGGGUGACGUACGGCCUGAGAGAGGCCAGGGGAUGCCAUGACUGGAAGAACAGCGCCAUUGCAGGGGCGCUCGCCGGAGCGGCGGUGGCGCUCACCGGGGACACCGGGCAUGCCGACCACGUCGUCCACUUCGCCAUCACCGGAGCAGCGCUCUCAAGCGCGGCGACCAUGCUCUCCGGCAUAUUCUGAGCCGCGUACCGUGUCUAAGAAUUUAGAGCAAGGUUUUAGCUGCUGGGAGCUAUGACAAAUAUGUUUCCUUCG